AUGACCCAUCAAAUUACCAAACCAUCGCUCCCUUGGAAAACUAGGAUCUCCAUCACCCUAAUUUCCACCAUAACUGAUGCCGCCCUCCGCUCCGAUGGCACCGUCAACCGGCGCCUCAUCCGCUUACUCGACUUCCAAGUCCCUCCUAAUCCCAAACCCACCAACUCUGUCACCUCCUCUGACACCACCAUUGAUGCUUCCCGAAAUCUCUGGUUUCGCCUCUUCUCUCCCUCCCUCCCUUCUAAUCUCCUCCUUCCUGUCUUCAUUUUCUUUCAUGGAGGAGGUUUCACCUUCCUCAGCCCGGCUUCCCAGGCAUACGACGCCGUUUGUCGUAGGUUCGCCCGCAAGCUUCCCGCUUUCGUUGUCUCCGUUAACUACCGUCUCGCUCCUGAACACAUCUACCCCUCUCAAUACGACGAUGGAUUUGACGUUCUUAAGUUCUUAGACGACAACAGCGCCACAAUCUUACCAGAAAAUGCUGACUUAUCACGGUGUUUCUUAGCGGGAGAUAGUGCAGGUGCCAACCUGGCUCACCACGUAGCAGUCCGGGCUUGCCAAGCAGGGUUUCAGACAUUGAAGGUGAUGGGACUUGUUUCCAUACAGCCAUUUUUUGGAGGAGAGGAGAGAACGGAGGCGGAGAUGCAGCUAGUGGGGUCUUUGCUGGUGUCUAUGCCAAGAUCAGAUUGGUGCUGGAAGGCGUUUUUGCCCAAUGGAUCGAACCGAGAUCACAAAGCGGUGAAUGUGAGCGGACCCAAUGCAGAGGACAUAACAGGGUUGAAUUUUCCGGAGACGAUGGUGGUAGUGGGUGGAUUUGACCCAUUGAAGGAUUGGCAGAGGAGGUAUUAUGAGUGGUUGAAAGCAUCCGGGAAAGAAGCGAGACUGAUGGAGUAUCCAACCAUGAUCCACGCAUUUUACAUAUUUCCAGAAUUGCCCGAGGCUUCCCAGUUAAUUAUGCAGGUCAAAGAUUUUAUGACCAACUGUUGCUCCAAACUCCAACAAAAUUGACAACUCUGGA